AUGGCGCUCUUCAACGCGAAAAAGAAAUGGCAGGAAGCAGAGGCCAAGGUGCGCAUUGGCGCAGGAAGGUCGAGAAAAAAGCCAAAACAGCCAGAGCAAGACAAUCUUCCUGAGCGAGAGCACUGGGAGGCAGCUCUCCGCUAUGACUGGAAGAAUCUGACGGAUGCUCCAUCAAAUGUCAAAGCUGAUGUUCGCUGCGUCGAAAUUGCUGUGAACCAGACGUGGAAGGCCUUGGAGUAUGCAUCCGACGGGAUUCGUGAUGAUCCAGUCGUUGUACUUCCGGUUGUCAAGAGCUGUUGGUGGGCUCUUGAGUUCGUGGGCGAGAGUGCUCGAGGGGAUGAUGAAGUGGCGAUUGCGGCUCUGCAGCAAAACGUUCAUGCGUUUGAGUAUUUAUCUACGAAGCUGCGGAAGGACUUGAUUGUUGUUAAGGAAGCUGCGCGGUGCGACGGAGCUGCUCUGCGCUACGCAUCUGAGGAGCUGCGCAGCCAUCGAGGUCUUGUGGAGGAGGCAGUUCGACAAAGCGGAGGUGAUGCGUUGCAAUAUGCAGCUGACAGUCUUCGCAACGAUCCGGCCUUGGUGCUCCAGGCAUUGAGAGCGCCAAAGGGUUCGUCCACGGCUUUGGCGUAUUCAGCAGAGCUGGCAGCAAAUCGAGAAUUCGUCAUGCAAAUUGUGCAGCAAGAUGGACUCAGCUUGCAAUACGUUGCGCCUAGCCUGAAGGCAGACCCCAGCGUAGUGUUGGCUGCCAUCCAGCAGAAUGGCGAGGCCCUCCAGUUUGCUCCAGAGAAGUUUCAAGACAGUCGCAAGGUUGUGGAGGCUGCAGUGCAGCAAAACCCCAAAGCCCUUCGCUUUGCCUCUGACGACUUGAGGUCCGAUGAGGAGCUGGUGAAAGAGGUUGCGAAAAGUGAUGGUUCUGUGCUCGAGUUUGCUGCGGACACGAUGCGUGGCAACAGGCGAGUUGUGACGAAAGCUGUGGCUCAGACCUGGGAAGCGCUGCCUUUCGAGCAGGUCGAAGGCGGUCUUUCAAGGGAGCUUCUACUUGGAGCAGUCAAGCAGGACUGGAAGGCCAUACAGGAAAUCUUGCAGAAAGAUCCAAAUGUGGAAGAGGACUUUUUACUUGAACUGGCGGAAAUCAAUCCGGAGAUCGUAAGGGCUGAGCAGUUAUGUGACAAUGCCGCAGUGGCCCGCGUGGCUGUCUCUGUGAAUGGUCUGAUGAUGAGCUACUUGGACGAAGAUUUGCAAGCUGACUUUGAGCUGGCAUCCAUUGCUGUGCAGCAGAAUCCUGAUGCUAUGGACGAAGUUCAUCCAUGCCUUCGACAUGAGAAAUAUUUGCUGCAGAUACGCGCAGAUGGCUUGCGGAGAAGAUAUCGCAUGGAGCUGCGAAGGCAAAAGGCUGAAGCUGCACGUGCAGAGCAGGAAGAAUGUGAGUCGUCCUCUGCUGGUGAGGAGGAAGACUUGCAAGAAGGUGAGUCUGCUGCAAGUGCAGAACAGGAAGAAGCCCAAGAUUCAGGUGAAGCAACCACCGGUGUUGACGUUGUUGAACAUGCGGAAAUCCAUGCAAGUGAAGGUGGGGAGUCCAGUGUCGGCACUGAAGAUGACGCAGUUGACGUGCCACAUGCUGGUGAAGAGCCUGGCAGCUGA